AUAUUGAGACAAGUGAAAAAAUCCAGAAAAGUGGAAUUCUCCCGGUGUUUGCAAGCCUAUUGACUCCGCAGUCUUCCUGCACUGCAAAAGUAGCUAACGUCAUAGCAGAAGUAGCCAAAAAUGAGUUUAUGCGGAAUCCAUGUGUAGAUGCUGGCUUGAUUCCACCUUUGGUUCAGCUCUUAAACUGUAAAGAUCAGGAAGUGCUUCUUCAAACGGGGCGUGCCUUGGGCAACAUAUGCUACGACAGCCAUACUCUGCAAUCUCAGCUCAUCAACAUGGGAGUUAUCCCUACAUUAGUGAAGUUGUUGGGUAUCCAUUGCCAAAAUUCGGCUUUGACUGAAAUGUGCCUUGUUGCGUUUGGAAAUCUAGCAGAACUUGAAUCAAGUAAAGAACAGUUUGCCUACACAAAUAUUGCAGAAGAACUUGUGAAGCUCUUUAAAAAGCAAAUAGAACAUGAUAAGAAGGAGAUGAUAUUUGAAGUUUUGGCUCCCUUGGCUGAAAAUGAUAUCAUUAAACUGCCGCUGGUUGAAGCUGGCCUUGUAGAGUGUUUACUUGAAAUCGUCCAAACUGUAGAUAGUGACAAAGAAGAUGACAUUACUGAGCUUAAAACUGUUGAUCUCAUGGUUCUUCUACUUUUGGGAGAUGAAUCAAUGCAAAAGUUAUUUGAAGGAGAAGGCAGUGUGUUCCAGAGAGUGCUUUUAUGGAUCCCUUCUAAUAGCCAUCAACUUCAACUCGCAGGAGCAUUGGCAGUUGCAAAUUUUGCCAGAAAUGAUGGAAAUUGUAUCCAUAUGGUGGAUAAUGGUAUUGUCCAGAAACUGAUGGACUUAUUGGACAGGCACGUGGAAGAUGGAAAUGUUACCGUACAGCAUGCAGCACUGAGUGCGCUCCGAAAUCUUGCAAUUCCUGUUGUAAAUAAGGCAAAAAUGCUGUCAGCUGGUGUGGCAGAAGCAGUAUUGAAAUUUCUCAGAUCCGAAAUGCCUCCUGUUCAGUUCAAGCUGCUGGGCACAUUAAGAAUGCUAAUAGAUGCACAAGCAGAAGCUGCCGAGCAGUUGGGAAAGAAUGUCAAGCUGGUUGAAAGACUAGUAGAAUGGUGUGAAGCCAAGGAUCACGCAGGUGUGAUGGGUGAAUCCAACAGGCUACUGUCUGCUCUUAUACGACACAGCAAGUCCAAAGAUGUAAUUAGGACCAUUGUUCAGAGUGGUGGCAUUAAACACUUAGUUACCAUGGCAACUAGUGAACAUGUAAUAAUGCAGAAUGAAGCUCUCGUUGCUCUGGCAUUAAUAGCAGCUCUAGAAUUAGCCACAGCAGAGAAAGACCUCGAAAGUGCGCAGUUAGUGCAGAUUCUACACCGGCUCUUAUCAGAUGAGAGAAGCGCACCAGAAAUCAAGUACAAUUCCAUGGUGCUGAUCUGUGCACUUAUGGGGUCAGAACCUCUUCACAAGGAAGUGCAGAGCCUGACUUUCCUAGAAGUCGUAUCAAAACUCCGCAGCCACGAGAACAAAACGGUGGCCCAGCAGGCUUCCCUCACAGAGCAGAGACUCGCUGUGGAAAGCUGAGGAAGGGGGCACCGGAUCCACAUUAGCACCACAUCACUGACCUCACCUCUUGUCCUGCUGUCCUGCUGCUGUUAAUGCCAGCCAUGUUUUUUUCCACUGUCACUAAUGCAUGCGUGUAGCAUCCCCACUCUGCACUGUUGUAGGUACCUCUCUCUAAAUUAAGAUUUCUCACACACUCAUAGCCAGUUGUCAUAGGAUCCUGUCUUUCUUACCCAUACAGCAGACACAUACAUGCAAUCUGCAGCCUUGUCGUCGUUCUCCUUGUAUUCUCGUUGCUUGGGCCACCUAUUAGAAUGUGCAUGUUGUAGUCCUAUAAUAAUGUAAAAGUGGUACAACUGUGAUGACACCUCCCCCUCAGACCCCCCACUUUCCUCAGUAGAGGCAGCAAGACUGUUGAGAUGAGGUUUGGGGGCCUACCUCUCUUUUUGCUGCUUUAGAUACGAAAGAGGGAAGGGGAAAAGAAAUCUUGCUGCUCAUUCACUGGUCUUGCCUACUAAUGUCAAUCCUGUGGUACCUAGAGAUAAAACCAAUAAAAUCCAGUGCUCUCACACACA